GCCACUCCCUCCACCCUGGGCAGCCAGCCAGCCAGCCCAGUCUGUGCAGUUCCCUUUUCCCAGCUGACACUGUGACAAUGGGGAGGAUUCUGCAAUGGAUCAGCUAUCCAGGUACCAGGGGCAUGGAGUUCUGUCCUGUAUGUGUGGACCUGGAACACCUGGAUAGUUCCUGACAUGUGAACCCUUCAAUAUAAACUACUGGCAGCCAGGACAGCUGCUGGAAUAACUGGGACUGUGAUUUGCAUAAACAUUGUACAAGGAAACACAUUGCAAGCCUUGUGUGUUUGUAGCCAGUGAGACAGAGACAAAGUUUGCUUUCAAGACAAGUGGUGUGUGACUGAAUGGAACAACUUUCUCAUUCCACAGAAGUCAGCAAUAAUCUCAGUUAUGCUGAAAUUCAGAACAUGUCACACAGUUUGGGGAAUACACACCAAUACCAUUAUUUUCUGACAUUCCUGUUAGUAUGUCCCACACAGAUAGACACCUCCAGACACAGGGAAACAGCACCAUGGAAGGAUGGCAUCUGUGUCAGACAUAGGGCAUCAAAGUAAGGUGUAGGGGGGGUCUACUAGAUAAAGGGAUUUGUGGGGUGAGGUCUGAGGAUAAACUACUAAAUAUGGGACCUGGGGGUGAGGGACAGGGAUCAGAUCAGAUUUAAGGAUGUUUAGAUAUAGAUUAUACAUAAUAUAAUAAUAAUAAUAAUAACUAGAGGAGAAAUAAAUAUAAGGGGUAGGAAGGUAAAGAAAGGGGUGAUGUAUAAAUGUGGAAGUUAAAAUAGGGGGUGCCUAGCGUGAGGUGUAAUUUGAGAUUUGUGAUAUUCAGGGGUUUAGGCUAGUUCUAGCCAGGGAGGUAGCUGUUAGGGAUUAAUGAGUGAGGUUUAGGGGUAACAUUGUAUAACAUUGUAUAGCAUGGUGGGUGUUGGGGUUCUAUAUAAUUACAUUUUAGCUAUGUGUGUAGCUGAUAGAUGUACAAGGUAUGAUACCAUAGGGGUUACUUGCUGUUAAAUGGUAAAAGAUGUCCAUUUUGUGACUAAUUUAUAAUUAUAAUAUUUGGGUUGGAUGGGGGGAGGUGGAAACCCAUCACCCUCUGCUGAUUGUGCUUUGUGUUAGGAUUUCCGGCGGAACCUGUUAGCCGGGCACUUUGUUGCGAGGGGAAGCAGUUACUGACGCACACGCAGCCCAUGCAUGGAGGUCACAUGGUUCAGAGAUGAUCAGGUCCCUGCAGUUUGUUCUCAGAGCAGGUAAACAGAUCUUUCUCACUUUAUAUAAUGGACAUUACUGACAUUACUGGCCGGGCAUUCAGUGAAGGGGUUAAAUAGGUCACCCUGGUUUGACUCCAAGCUCCCCUGUGACCCCUAUAAUUAGGAGAGUGGGUAUAUCUCCCUAAUCCUGUUACCAUACAGCGGGUAUAUCUCCCUAAUCCUGUUACCAUACAGCGGGUAUAUCUCCCUAAUCCUGUUACCAUACAGCGGGUAUAUCUCCCUAAUCCUGUUACCAUACAGCGGGUAUAUCUCCCUAGUCCUGUUACCAUACAGCGGGUAUAUCUCCCUAGUCCUGUUACCAUAUAGCGAGUAUAUCUCCCUAGUCCUGUUACCAUACAGCGGGUAUAUCUCCCUAGUCCUGUUACCAUACAGCGGGUAUAUCUCCCUAGUCCUGUUACCAUAUAGCGGGUAUAUCUCCCUAGUCCUGUUACCAUAUAGCGGGUAUAUCUCCCUAGUCCUGUUACCAUAUAGCGAGUAUAUCUCCCUAGUCCUGUUACCAUACAGCGGGUAUAUCUCCCUAGUCCUGUUACCAUAUAGCGGGUAUAUCUCCCUAGUCCUGUUACCAUAUAGCAGUCGGGUAUAUCUCCCUAGUCCUGUUACCAUAUAUAUCUCCCUAGUCCUGUUACCAUAUAGCGGGUAUAUCUCCCUAGUCCUGUUACCAUAUAGCGGGUAUAUCUCCCUAGUCCUGUUACCAUAUAGCGGGUAUAUCUCCCUAGUCCUGUUACCAUACAGCGGGUAUAUCUCCCUAGUCCUGUUACCAUACAGCGGGUAUAUCUCCCUAGUCCUGUUACCAUACAGCGGGUAUAUCUCCCUAGUCCUGUUACCAUAUAGCGGGUAUAUCUCCCUAGUCCCGUUACCAUAUAGCGGGUAUAUCUCCCUAGUCCUGUUACCAUAUAGCAGGUAUAUCUCCCUAGUCCCGUUACCAUAUAGCCGGUAUAUCGCCCUAGUCCUGUUACCAUAUAGCGGGUAUAUCUCCCUAGUCCUAUUACCAUAUGCUUAUGCUUUGGCUCAAACAGGAAUGUCAGGUCAGAAAUUCACAAAAUCUUGUAAGGAGCCCAUUUUAAACUUUAUCCUGCAAAGAUUCCUUGGUGGACCAACAUUCUGCACGUGAGUCUAAUAAACAUGUUUUGGACUUCACUUGCAUCAUUAUGUAACAAUGUUUUAAUGCCAUUUCUUGUAUUUUACAUUUAUAGGCAAAACUCUCUUAUGGCAGCCCUCACCAACACAGAGAUCACUACAUUGCUCCCAAUGUCUGCAAAAAUCCACAGUGAAUAUGAGCUGGAAGGGGAAUGCAGCAGAGUCAGAGCCUGGAGGAGACAAUGGUAAAAUCAGCUUUAAUGAUGUUUACACAGAGGAAGAAGCAGACACCAUCCUCCACGUUCUCAAUACGGCAUCAGAGGUUGAGCUUUCUGGAAUCAAACUCUUACGGGGGAAGAAAUCUUCAAGCAUUGUACAAUACAGACAGGAAAACGGACCCUUUCUAGAUCUGGACAGUCUGGUGAAUGUACCUUAUUUCCAAUCCAAAAUUACAAUGAAAGUUUUUGAAUCCAUCCUCCAUUCUGAAUCGAAAGACCAUAGGAAGGAACGGAAAACAGAGGUUAAGGCAACAUCGAAACUAAUUAAACCUGGUAUACCUGCGGACCGACUUGAUGUAAGUGUUUAAAUAUAAAAAAAAUGUAUUCUUUAUUUAUAUCUGCACGUACAAUUUUGUCAUAGGUAUUGUAUAAUUGUUUGAGCAGCGUUAUUUUUCGAUAAGCACAAAACAAUGGCUGAAAGCUCAUAAAAAUGUAAAUCCAACCGUAAUACACAAUUGAUAUAGUGAGUUACCACUGUUGUCAUGGCAAAUGCCCGUGGUAGACAGAAUGCAUCUCCAAGGACACCCAGAAAGCGCUUAACACAAUAAAGGUCAGGUGUACACCUGCUGAGGAUCAUAAUUACUGUAAGUAGCUCAGGUCGGUCUCAUUCAACCCUUUGACUGGUUACAAAUUGCUGAUUGCACCUCUGAGUGUUUAAACAUACUGUUCCAACAGACUGGGAUUUUAACUGUGGUUAGUUUGCAGGUUACUGGCACGGGCAUAGACUUGAUAGUAUUUACCGAGCGUACACAAGUAUGUUCUCUAGACUUGUGCUGAAUUGUUGUAAGCUUGUCUAAAUUUUGCACAUACUACAUUUCAAACAUUACUGACCCAUAUUCUUAUGUAAGAUGAUUUAACAACCUAUCCAUUGUAAUUUCCCAUGCUAUAGCCCUUUAUUUUUAAAAUUAGCCAUUGCAUUUCCUCUGACGCAUUUUAUUUCUUUUUUAAUCGGUGAGAUAAGGAAGUACUAUUCAAAUAACCUGUUUCUGAACAUAAAUCCCAUGAAUUAUGUUGAGCCUUUAAAUAACAGUUCCCCUGAUCUGCAUAGCCUUAUGCGAUUAUAAACCCAGUUACACAUAAUGUUAACACGUUCCCCUCUCUCCAUCUGUUAUAGAAUAUCUUCGAGCAGGCAUAAGCAACCUUUGGCACUCCAGAUGUUUUGGACUACAUAUCCUUUUUUUUUGUCUAGAAUCUAGGAUGUGUGUGGGCAACCAUCGGCACUGCAGAUGUUGUGGACUACAUAUCCCUGAUGCUUUGCCAGUAUAAUGGUAGAUGUAGUAACUUCUAGCGCGCCGACGGUUGCCUAGCCCUGAUCUAGGAGACCGGGUCAAAAGUUAGAAUGCAAUCAAGCCCCCCUCCUCCCCCUCAACUCCUAACCGUGUGCUCAGUGUUUCAGAUGAGAAAUAUAUUUAGACACGAACAUCUACAGUCGCAAAGAUUUACCCAGCAUCAACAGUUCCCUUCCUCUUAUGUGUGACGUAGCAGUCUUCAGGGUGAGAUGAAUGGACACACGUUACAAGUGACUUGGCUGCCACUCAGCGCAGCAUGGCAGAUGGAAUCAAAACUCACGGGAAGGGUGUAAGAUGGUAAUAGCCUGGCGGAUACAGCUCUAAUUCUUUGCUUGCCUCCCAUCUGAAAUCCUUCAUCAUAUCAUUGUGUAUGUUACAGACUGCCGUUGACUUGCACUUGCUGAAAGUGAUGUCAAGAGAUACCAGAGAACGGGAAUAAAAGCCCUAACAAGCGGCACUGUCACACUGAACUUACCUUUCUCUUAUUGUUUCCUUUUCUCUUACUCUCUCAGAAUCUGUUGUUCUUUUCUUUAUUUCCCUAGGGAUUACUUUGUCUUAUGUAUUUUUCCUAUGCUUGACCUUUUUUGACUUCCAUUUCCUGCUUCAAGGAGGAGGGUAAGUAUUGCGGGAAAAUGUUAUUUGACACAGGAAAUGGAAGUGACUUAAGCUCCUCCUUUUAUCAGAGAAUGUCAGGCGCAGGAAAAUUACAUAAGACAAAGUAGUCCCUUCUUUGUCUUAUGGUUUAAAGAAAACUAGAUCAGAAAUAAAGAAAAGAUUCUGAGAGAGGAAGAAAAGAGGAAACAAUAGAAGAAAGGGAAGUCCGGCGUCACAGUGCCGCUUUAAUCUAAGGGUCUAUGGCCAUUGACGCUUUGCAGAAUAUCAAGUUAAUAACAUGCUACAAUUUAAUCCUUCUGUUGUUCCCAUAUGGGAUACUGCUGUGAAGUGGGAUUGUGUAUUAUAAAAUCACAAUGUCAGUGCGUUGCCUCUGGAUUUAUGGAAAUGUAAUGCUUUUGCGAUGUAGACCAUAGUUUAUUUUGUGUACUUUCUGAACAGAUCACAAUGGGAAACAUCUCCAAAGCUUGAUGGGAUUUGUUUUGUGGUUUUUAAGUAAGGUUGUAUUCUUCCAAUUUUUGCUGCCGAUAAAAUACACAUUUCUGCUUUAUUUUGUCUAGGCCGCAGAGAGCAUAGUUUCCAUUGUUUUUGGAACUCAAAAAAUAGCCUGGGCUCAUGUGGACCGUAAGAUGACCGUCUUGGCCUGGGAUCAAGAGGACUGGCAUCGAUUUAUGAAGGGGAUCUACCACAGCCACAUAUACUGGGAGGAUGUAAGUGGUUCUGUUUACAGAGAAGUUAUUACAGAUUAUUCAAAUGAGAAAUUGAUUCAGUGUUAAAGGGACAAUAUAGUCACCUGAACAACUACAGCUUAAUGUAGUUGUUCAGGUGAGAUCUAUAGCUCCAUGCAGG